AGAUUAUUUCUCAAUCAGACCCUUUGGAACGGGGAUUUGUCAUGUGUUUGCAGGAUCCCUAUGACAAACACCAUAACCCUCAGAUCAUCCCUCACGACAGCACCACAUGAGAUCGCCCCCUAUCUGCAUAGGAACAGGAAGCACAAGAGAGGUUAAAAGGCCCCUCCCUCCAUACCCCCUGAGUGUUUCCUAUGGAGCAGGGGUGCAGAGAGGGGUUCUUAAAUCUUGGAGUUGCAGAAAACAAACUUUGUGUUGAUUUGAUGAAAGAAAGGCUUACAAGACCUGAUAUGAGCGAUCUGGAGCCAUCACUGUUGGGAUACAAUAUCCCAAUAGGCAUUAAGAGCCUCCGAGAAGAAGCAGCACAUUUUCUCACAGACUAUUGUCAUUCUCCGCACCCACUGAAUCCAGAUCAUAUAGUCGUCAUGAACGGAUGCUCCUCUAUAUUGUGCGCGCUUUCUGCCGUCAUUUGUGAUCCAGAAGAUGGAUUCCUGACUCCUACGCCCUACUAUUCCAGGAUAGCCAUAGACACUGGUUUACAGCCGGUAUAUGUCCCCCUGGACAGCCAGGUAACAGGAGGUCACAAUCUUCCAUUUUCAUUAACAAUGCAAAAGUUAGAGGAGGGGAUGGAGAAAGGAAAACAGCAGGGUAUUAGGAUCAAAGCAUUAAUCCUAACGAAUCCCCAGAAUCCCUUAGGAAAUGUCUACUCCCCCCAUUUACUCAAAGAAUGUCUCGAGUUUGCCAACAGGUUCUAUGGAUACAAGACAGCUUUGUGGACAACGCGUUUGAAAGGACCUUCCAUCUUCCUCAGGUCCUACAGAGACAAUACAGCUCCGUGGACAAUGGAAUUCAAAGGAUUCUUCCUUCUUCCUCAGGUCCUACGCAUACAAGACAGCUUUGUGGACAAUGCGUUUCAAAGGACUCUUCCUUCUUCCUCAGGUCCUACGGAUACAAGACAGCUUCAUGGACAACGCGUUCAAAGGGCUCUUUCUUCUUUCUCAGGUCCUACGGAUACAAGACAGCUUCUUGGACAAUGCGUUUCAAAGAACUCUUCCUUCUUCCUCAGGUCCUACAGAUACAAGACAGCUUCGUGGACAAUGUGUUUCAAAGGAUUCUUCCUUCUUCCUCAGGUCCUACGGAUACAAGACAGCUUUGUAGACAAUGCGUUUCAAAGGACUUUUCCUUCUUCCUAAAGUCCUACGGAUACAAGACAGUUUCGUGGACAACGCGUUUCAAAGGACUCUUCCUUCUUCCUCAUGUCCUACUGAUACAAGACAGCUUUGUGGACAACGCGUUUCAAAGGACUUUUCCUUCUUUCUUAGGUCCUACGGAUACAAGACAGCUUCAUGGACAACGUGUUUCAAAGGACUCUUCCUUUGAAACGCGUUGUCUACAAAGCUGUCUUGUAUACUUACCUAAUAAAAGACACAUUGCUCUCACCAUCAUUGUGUCCUCGGGUGGUGCGCCGCAAGCCAUAAAUCGAGUUUUUUAUGGAAAAAAUAGGAACCCUGACAGGUCAUCCUUAUCCAGAUUGUCUACCUGUAUCCCGCACCGUUGUGACAACGGCAUCGAUGGCCGUCUGUCUGCCGACAUCUACCUAUUCAAAGCGCUUCACAGUGUUGUGCCCUAUAGCGCAACACUCCAAGGUACAGGUUACAUGUGGUUGUGGAUGAAUUAUUUAUGCUGUCAGUCAUAGAUACUGACUUUACCAGUGUCCUCUCCUUCAGCGA